UCCAGCAGCAGCUCAGUCGAUCAGUUUCGUUCACGUUGGAUCGUUUGUAGUAUCGCGAGUGUCUCUAAUCAUGUGGCUACCAAAACCGGCAGUGUCGGUAUUGUUCCUGAUCCUGGCCCUACUGGUCCACAAUGGUCAAAGUCAGCAGUCUACGGUCAAGGUUCUGUGCUACUACGACGGAAGUGACUUCCUCAUCGAAGGCCUAGGCAAGGUCUCACUAAACGACAUCGAAGCGGCACUGCCAUUCUGCACCCAUCUCGUCUACGGGUAUGCUGCCGUCGAUCCGGAAUCGAACAAAGCAGUAUCUCGCAAUCCAAACCUGGAUCUGGACACCGGAAAGGGAAACUUCCGACUGGUUACACAGCUGAAGCGCAAAUAUCCUGCCCUCAAAGUUCUCCUCGGCAUUGGCGGUUACCGUUUCUCGGCUCCGUCGCCCAAAUAUUUGGAACUGCUCGAGACAGGUGCCGCUCGUAUCACCUUCAUUAAUAGUGUUUACUCGCUGGUGAAGACGUAUGACUUCGAUGGCAUCGACCUGGCCUGGCAGUUCCCGCAAAAUAAACCGAAGAAAAUCCGUUCGACUACCGGAAAAUUGUGGCAUGGUUUCAAAAAAGUUUUUAGCGGUGACCAAGUGCUAGAUGAGAAGGCUGAUGAGCAUCGUGAGGAAUUUACCGCAUUGCUACGUGAGCUGAAAAAUGCUUUUCGUUCGGAUGGAUACCAGCUCGGACUCACGGUGCUACCGCACGUGAACGCCACCAUCUUCAUGGAUAUUCCGGCAAUCAUCAACUAUUUGGACUUUGUAAACAUUGACGCCUACGACAUGCAAACACCGGAACGCAAUCCUAAGGAAGCCGAUUUUGCUGCCCCUCUAUAUGAGUUGAACGAACGUGUUUUCGGAAACAACGUGGAUGGAUUGGUUAAACUUUGGUUGGCUAGCAACGCCCCAGCUUCGAAAUUGAUUGUAAGCAUUCCAACACACGGUCGUGGAUGGAAGAUGACCGAAGAUUCCGGAUUGACGGGUGUUCCACCGUUGGCCGCUGAUGGAGCUGGACCGGCUGGACCGCAACUGCAGCAGGAAGGAUUCUAUAAUUGGGCUGAAACAUGUGCCAAGCUGCCCAACCCCAGCAACACAGGAUUGAAGGGAGCAGAUGCACCGUUGCGCAAAGUAGGAGAUCCUACCAAGCGUUUUGGAUCGUAUGCUUUCCGUUUGCCCGACUCGAACGGAGAACAUGGACUGUGGGUUUCGUACGAGGACCCGGAUACUGCCGGUAAUAAGGCUGCUUAUGUUAAGGCCAAAGGACUGGGCGGAAUCGCCAUCAACGAUCUGGCCUAUGACGAUUUUAGAGGAUCUUGCGCCGGAGAAAAAUAUCCGAUUUUACGUGCGGCGAAGUACAGGCUGUAAUUUGAGGCAUAAUUUCGUUCGGAAUUGAUUACUGCUGUGGCAAUGUGAUGAAAACGAGUUGUUAUUGUAAGACCGUUAGAAAAAAGCAUUAAACGUACUUUUCAUUUGAAACAAUGUUGAAA